CCUCAGCAGUUACGACACCACCGCUAUCUUACAACAUCACGACAACCCAAAUCCACCGCCGCCUCACCAACCUUCCUCCAUCUCCGAACGAACCCGACCCAAUCGACCUCACGACGCUACGACAAUACCUCUAUCAUGCCUGCCACCACUGCAGAGACCCUGUCUCUCGUUCAGCGGAAUGUCUCCGUUGCCCCUCUCGUGCUUCUUUCCGUUGUCGACCACUACAACCGCGCAGUAGUCAAGGGAUCGAAACGUAGAGUGGUGGGUGUUCUUCUGGGUUCAAAUGAUGGCAACAACGUCCGCGUAUCGAACAGUUUUGCAGUGCCCUUCGAGGAAGAUGACAAGGACCCGUCAGUGUGGUUCUUGGACCACAACUAUGUCGAGGGAAUGAACGACAUGUUUAAGAAGGUCAACGCAAGGGAAAAGCUGAUCGGCUGGUACCACUCUGGCCCCAAGCUGAGGGCGUCCGACCUCGAGAUCAACGAGCUGUUCAAGCGCUACAACCCCAACCCUCUCCUAGUCAUUAUUGAUGUCCAGCCGAAGGAGGCUGGCGUGCCGACGGACGCAUACUUCGCUGUGGAGGAGAUCAAGGAUGACGGCACUACCACGUCACGAACCUUCGUCCACACCCCGUCGAUCAUCGAGGCCGAGGAAGCAGAGGAGAUUGGUGUCGAGCACCUUCUCCGCGACAUCCGCGAUGUUGCAGUCGGAACUCUCUCGACGAGAAUAACAAACCAGCUCCAAUCCCUUCAAGGAUUGCAUCUCCGCCUCCGCGAUAUUGGCGCAUACCUCCAGAAGGUUCUUGAGGGCCAGCUCCCCGUCAACCACGCUAUCCUCGGCAACCUUCAAGACGUGUUCAACCUCUUGCCUAAUCUGUCGACGCCAAAGGGUGACGGAAAGUCGAGCGGCGGCGAGCUGUCUCAUGCCAUGAGUAUUAAGACCAACGACCAGCUCAUGGCUAUCUACCUUAGCAGUCUGAUCCGCGCCAUCACAGCCUUCCACGACCUUAUUGAAAACAAGAUCCAGAACCGGCAGCAGGCUGAAGAGAAGGAGGCCAAGAAGGACGAGGUGAACGGAAAGGACGAGAAGAAGGAUGAGAAGGCUAAUGGUGUUAACGGCGAGAGCAAGGAGACCUCCGACAAGGACAAGGAGGCCAAGGAGAAGAAGAAAUAGACAACUACGCGGUGACGUAGCGGAUGGGAGGGAACAGACACACAACGAGACUCAAACACGGGAACGGAUACCCGCGAUAGACAUUGGGGCGUGGGCAUGUCAUAAUAUCUCGGCGUCCAGGAGGGCAGGCCGGGGGGAACAGGCAUAUUCGCAACAAAAGUGUGUGCCUUGUACAAUGAUAGCAUGUUUUGGCUGAUGAUUCU